AUGUCAAUUUUAAUAUUUAUUCUUCUGCUCGGCUAUGGCUGGGCGAGGGUAUUGCCCAACGGGUGCCCAGGAGACUUCAGCGUCUACAGACUGCUACCCCAUGAGACGGAUUGCUCAAAGUUCUACCAAUGUUCUAAUGGAAGGAAAAUUGAGAUGCAAUGCGCGCCUGGUACUCUGUUCGAUGGCGUGAGACUGAUAUGCGACCAUGCACAUCUUGCUGAUUGUAGCAGAGGGAGCACGUCCACAGCUCCCACAACAACAACAACAACAAAUGCACCAUCAUCAACAACAACGACUGCGGCUCCAUCAACAACAACAACGACAGGGGCCCCGUCAACAACAACGACAACAACAACGGCGGCCCCACCAGUACCACCCAGUGAAUGCCCAGCAGAUAUUGACGUGAUAUUAAAACUGCCCCACGAAGUUGACUGCUCAAAAUACUACAAUUGCAGUGACGGAAUAAAAAUAUUACUAAAAUGUCCGAAUGGGAAAUUUUUUAACAUGACUAUGCAGGAUUGUGACUGGUCUGAAAACGUGGACUGUCCCCCUGGUAGCGGCACUGGUGUCUUGCCCAACGGCUGCCCGGUUAAUUUCCACAUCCACAAGCUGCUUCCCCACGAAACCGAGUGCACCAAGUUUUACCAGUGCAACUUUGGCGAAAAAGUUGAGAAGACCUGUCCGGGGAAUUUGCACUUCAACCCUAAUUUGCCGGGAUGUGACUAUCCAUCAAAUGCUGGUUGUGAACACGACAGUGGUGGCGAAUGGCUGCCCAAUGGCUGUCCAUCAGACUUCAGUAUCAACUGGCAUUUACCACAUGAAACGGAUUGUACUAAAUUCUAUCAUUGUGAAUUUGGACGAAAAACUUUAAAAGAUUGUGCCCCUGGAACUCACUUUAAUCCCAUACUACAGGUAUGCGAUUGGCCGUAUAACGCAAACUGCAAAUCUACUACGUCAACCACACCUUCAACAACAACCACGGAAUUUACGACAACUGCAGCCCCUACGCCGACCACACCAUCAACAACAACCUCAACACCCACAACGACCGCAGCAUCAACCACUACCACAGUUCCUAUAACAACCGCAGUUCCUACAACGACCUCAGCACUUACACCUACCACAGCUUCUACAACGAAUCAAGACACAACUGAAAACCAAACUACUGAACCAUCAAUAAAUACAACAACGGAGUAUUAUCCCACAGCAGAACAGUCAGUAGAUACAACAACUGAAUAUAGCCCCACCACUGUAACGUCAGCAGAGACGACAACGGAAUAUAUUCCUACGACUCAUGAGCAAACUACUGAGCCUCCAGUAGAAACGACAACGGAAUAUAUUCCCACGACUCAGGAGCAAACUACUAAGCCUUCAGUAGAAACGACAACGGAAUAUAUUCCCACGACUGAAGAGCAAACAACCGAACCGUCAGUUGAGACAACAACGGAGUAUAGUACCACAACUGAACAGUCAGUGGAAACAACAACUGAAUAUAGCUCAACUACCGUAACUUCAGAAGAGACGACAACGGAAUAUAUUCCUACGACUCAGGAGCAAACUACUGAGCCUUCAGUAGAAACGACAAAGGAAUAUAUUCCCACGACUGAAGAGCAAACGACCGAACCAUCAGUUGAGACAACAACGGAGUAUAGUACCACAACUGAACAGUCAGUAGAAACAACAACUGAAUAUAGCCCCACCACCAUAACUUCAGAAGAGACGACAACGGAAUAUAUUCCUACGACUCAGGAACAAACUACUGAACCGUCAGUAGAAACGACAACGGAAUAUAUUCCUACGACUCAGGAGCAAACUACUGAACCUUCAGUAGAAACGACAACGGAAUAUAUUUCUACGACUCAGGAGCAAACUACUGAGCCUUCAGUAGAAACGACAACGGAAUAUAUUCCCACGACUGAAGAGCAAACGACCGAACCAUCAGUUGAGACAACAACGGAGUAUAGAACCACAACUGGCCAGUCAGAAGAAACAACAACUGAAUAUAGCCCCACCACCGUAACGUCAGCAGAGACGACAACGGAAUAUAUUCCUACGACUCAGGAGCAAACUACUGAGCCUUCAGUAGAAACGACAACGGAAUAUAUUCCCACGACUCAGGAGCAAACUACUAAGCCUUCAGUAGAAACGACAACGGAAUAUAUUCCCACGACUGAAGAGCAAACAACCGAACCGUCAGUUGAGACAACAACGGAGUAUAGUACCAGAACUGAACAGUCAGUGGAAACAACAACUGAAUAUAGCUCAACUACCGUAACUUCAGAAGAGACGACAACGGAAUAUAUUCCUACGACUCAGGAGCAAACUACUGAGCCUUCAGUAGAAACGACAAAGGAAUAUAUUCCCACGACUGAAGAGCAAACGACCGAACCAUCAGUAGAGACAACAACGGAGUAUAGUACCACAACUGAACAGUUAGUAGAAACAACAACUGAAUAUAGCCCCACCACCAUAACUUCAGAAGAGACGACAACGGAAUAUAUUCCUACGACUCAGGAACAAACUACUGAACCGUCAGUAGAAACGACAACGGAAUAUAUUCCUACGACUCAGGAGCAAACUACUGAACCUUCAGUAGAAACGACAACGGAAUAUAUUUCUACGACUCAGGAGCAAACUACUGAGCCUCCAGUAGAAACGACAACGGAAUAUAUUCCCACGACUCAGGAGCAAACUACUAAGCCUUCAGUAGAAACGACAACGGAAUAUAUUCGCACGACUGAGGAGCAAACAACCGAACCGUCAGUUGAGACAACAACGGAGUAUAGUACCACAACUGAACAGUCAGUGGAAACAACAAUUGAAUAUAGCUCAACUACCGUAACUUCAGAAGAGACGACAACGGAAUAUAUUCCUACGACUCAGGAGCAAACUACUGAGCCUUCAGUAGAAACGACAAAGGAAUAUAUUCCCACGACUGAAGAGCAAACGACCGAACCAUCAGUUGAGACAACAACGGAGUAUAGUACCACAACUGGCCAGUCAGAAGAAACAACAACUGAAUAUAGCCCCACCACCGUAACGUCAGCAGAGACGACAACAGAAUAUAUUCCUACGACUCAGGAGCAAACUACUGAGCCUUCAGUAGGAACGACAACGGAAUAUAUUCCUACGACUCAGGAGCAAACUACUGAACCUUCAGUAGAAACGACAACGGAAUAUAUUUCUACGACUCAGGAGCAAACUACUGAGCCUUCAGUAGAAACGACAACGGAACAUAUUCCCACGACUCAGGAACAAACUACUAAGCCUUCAGUAGAAACGACAACGGAAUAUAUUCGCACGACUGAAGAGCAAACAACCGAACCGUCAGUUGAGACAACAACGGAGUAUAGUACCACAACUGAACAGUCAGUGGAAACAACAACUGAAUAUAGCUCAACUACCAUAACUUCAGAAGAGACGACAACGGAAUAUAUUCCUACGACUCAGGAGCAAACUACAGAGCCUUCAGUAGAAACGACAACGGAAUAUAUUUCUACGACUCAGGAGCAAACUACUGAGCCUUCAGUAGAAACGACAACGGAAUAUAUUCCCACGACUGAAGAGCAAACGACCGAACCAUCAGUUGAGACAACAACGGAGUAUAGUACCACAACUGGCCAGUCAGAAGAAACAACAACUGAAUAUAGCCCCACCACCGUAACGUCAGCAGAGACGACAACGGAAUAUAUUCCUACGACUCAGGAGCAAACUACUGAGCCUUCAGUAGGAACGACAACGGAAUAUAUUCCUACGACUCAGGAGCAAACUACUGAACCUUCAGUAGAAACGACAACGGAAUAUAUUUCUACGACUCAGGAGCAAACUACUGAGCCUUCAGUAGAAACGACAACGGAAUAUAUUCCCACGACUCAGGAGCAAACUACUAAGCCUUCAGUAGAAACGACAACGGAAUAUAUUCGCACGACUGAAGAGCAAACAACCGAACCGUCAGUUGAGACAACAACGGAGUAUAGUACCACAACUGAACAGUCAGUGGAAACAACAACUGAAUAUAGCUCAACUACCAUAACUUCAGAAGAGACGACAACGGAAUAUAUUCCUACGACUCAGGAGCAAACUACUGAGCCUUCAGUAGAAACGACAACGGAAUAUAUUUCUACGACUCAGGAGCAAACUACUGAGCCUUCAGUAGAAACGACAACGGAAUAUAUUCCCACGACUCAGGAGCAAACUACUAAGCCUUCAGUAGAAACGACAACGGAAUAUAUUCCCACGACUGAAGAGCAAACAACCGAACCGUCAGUUGAGACAACAACGGAGUAUAGUACCACAACUGAACAGCCAGUGGAAACAACAACUGAAUAUAGCUCAACUACCAUAACUUCAGAAGAGACGACAACGGAAUAUAUUCCUACGACUCAGGAGCAAACUACUGAGCCUUCAGUAGAAACGACAAAAGAAUAUAUUCCCACGACUGAAGAGCAAACGACCGAACCAUCAGUUGAGACAACAACGGAGUAUAGUACCACAACUGAACAGUCAGUAGAAACAACAACUGAAUAUAGCCCAACUACCAUAACUUCAGAAGAGACGACAACGGAAUAUACUCCUACGACUCAGGAGCAGACUACUGAACCUUCAGUAGAAACGACAACAGAAUAUAUUCCCACGACUGAAGAGGAAACGACCGAACCAUCAGUUGAGACAACAACGGAGUACAGUACCACAACUAAACAGUCAGAAGGAACAACAACUGAAUAUAGCCCCACCACCAUAACGUCAGUAGAGACGACAACGAAAUAUAUUCCUACGACUCAGGAACAAACUACUGAACCUUCAGUAGAAACGACAACGGAAUAUAUUCCUACGACUCAGGAGCAAACUACUGAACCUUCAGUAGAAACGACAACGGAAUAUAUUUCUACGACUCAGGAGCAAACUACUGAGUCUUCAGUAGAAACGACAACGGAAUAUGUUCCCACGACUGAAGAGCAAACGACCGAACCAUCAGUUGAGACAACAACGGAGUAUAGAACCACAACUGGCCAGUCAGAAGAAACAACAACUGAAUAUAGCCCCACCACCGUAACGUCAGCAGAGACGACCACGGAAUAUAUUCCUACGACUCAGGAGCAAACUACUGAGCCUCCAGUAGAAACGACAACGGAAUAUAUUCCCACGACUCAGGAGCAAACUACUAAGCCUUCAGUAGAAACGACAACGGAAUAUAUUCCCACGACUGAAGAGCAAACAACCGAACCGUCAGUUGAGACAACAACGGAGUAUAGUACCACAACUGAACAGUCAGUGGAAACAACAAUUGAAUAUAGCUCAACUACCGUAACUUCAGAAGAGACGACAACGGAAUAUAUUCCUACGACUCAGGAGCAAACUACUGAGCCUUCAGUAGAAACGACAAAGGAAUAUAUUCCCACGACUGAAGAGCAAACGACCGAACCAUCAGUUGAGACAACAACGGAGUAUAGUACCACAACUGAACAGUCAGUAGAAACAACAACUGAAUAUAGCCCCACCACCAUAACUUCAGAAGAGACGACAACGGAAUAUAUUCCUACGACUCAGGAACAAACUACUGAACCGUCAGUAGAAACGACAACGGAAUAUAUUCCUACGACUCAGGAGCAAACUACUGAACCUUCAGUAGAAACGACAACGGAAUAUAUUUCUACGACUCAGGAGCAAACUACUGAGCCUUCAGUAGAAACGACAACGGAAUAUAUUCCCACGACUCAGGAGCAAACUACUAAGCCUUCAGUAGAAACGACAACGGAAUAUAUUCGCACGACUGAAGAGCAAACAACCGAACCGUCAGUUGAGACAACAACGGAGUAUAGUACCACAACUGAACAGUCAGUGGAAACAACAACUGAAUAUAGCUCAACUACCAUAACUUCAGAAGAGACGACAACGGAAUAUAUUCCUACGACUCAGGAGCAAACUACUGAGCCUUCAGUAGAAACGACAACGGAAUAUAUUUCUACGACUCAGGAGCAAACUACUGAGCCUUCAGUAGAAACGACAACGGAAUAUAUUCCCACGACUGAAGAGCAAACGACCGAACCAUCAGUUGAGACAACAACGGAGUAUAGUACCACAACUGGCCAGUCAGAAGAAACAACAACUGAAUAUAGCCCCACCACCGUAACGUCAGCAGAGACGACAACGGAAUAUAUUCCUACGACUCAGGAGCAAACUACUGAGCCUUCAGUAGGAACGACAACGGAAUAUAUUCCUACGACUCAGGAGCAAACUACUGAACCUUCAGUAGAAACGACAACGGAAUAUAUUUCUACGACUCAGGAGCAAACUACUGAGCUUUCAGUAGAAACGACAACGGAAUAUAUUCCCACGACUCAGGAGCAAACUACUAAGCCUUCAGUAGAAACGACAACGGAAUAUAUUCGCACGACUGAAGAGCAAACAACCGAACCGUCAGUUGAGACAACAACGGAGUAUAGUACCACAACUGAACAGUCAGUGGAAACAACAACUGAAUAUAGCUCAACUACCAUAACUUCAGAAGAGACGACAACGGAAUAUAUUCCUACGACUCAGGAGCAAACUACUGAGCCUUCAGAAGAAACGACAACGGAAUAUAUUUCUACGACUCAGGAGCAAACUACUGAGCCUUCAGUAGAAACGACAACGGAAUAUAUUCCCACGACUGAAGAGCAGACGACCGAACCAUCAGUUGAGACAACAACGGAGUAUAGUACCACAACUGGCCAGUCAGAAGAAACAACAACUGAAUAUAGCCCCACCACCGUAACGUCAGCAGAGACGACAACGGAAUAUAUUCCUACGACUCAGGAGCAAACUACUGAGCCUUCAGUAGGAACGACAACGGAAUAUAUUCCCACGUCUGAAGAGGAAACAACCGAACCAUCAGUUGAGACAACAACGGAGUACAGUACCACAACUAAACAGUCAGAAGAAACAACAACUGAAUAUAGCCCCACCACCAUAACUUCAGAAGAGACGACAACGGAAUAUAUUCCUACGACUCAGGAACAAACUACUGAACCGUCAGUAGAAACGACAACGGAAUAUAUUCCUACGACUCAGGAGCAAACUACUGAACCUUCAGUAGAAACGACAACGGAAUAUAUUUCUACGACUCAGGAGCAAACUACUGAGCCUUCAGUAGAAACGACAACGGAAUAUAUUCCCACGACUGAAGAGCAAACGACCGAACCAUCAGUUGAGACAACAACGGAGUAUAGAACCACAACUGGCCAGUCAGAAGAAACAACAACUGAAUAUAGCCCCACCACCGUAACGUCAGCAGAGACGACAACGGAAUAUAUUCCUACGACUCAGGAGCAAACUACUGAGCCUUCAGUAGAAACGACAACGGAAUAUAUUCCCACAACUGAAGAGCAAACGACCGAACCAUCAGUUGAAACAACAACGGAGUACAGUACUACAACUGAACAGUCAGUAGAAACAACAACUGAAUACAGCCCCACCACUGUGACGUCAGUAGAAACGACAACGGAAUAUAUUCCCACGACUGAAGAGGAAACGACCGAACCAUCAGUUGAGACAACAACGGAGUAUAGUACCACAACUGGACAGUCAGAAGAAACAACAACUGAAUAUAGCCCCACCACCGUAACGUCAGUAGAGACGACAACGGGUUACAGUCCUACGACUGAGGGGCAAACUACUGAAUCUUCAGUAGAAACGACAACGGAAUAUAUUCCUACGACUGAAGAGCAAACAACCAAACCGUCAGUUGAGACAACAACGGCGUAUAGUCCCACAACCGAACAGUCAGUAGAAACAACAACUGAAUAUACCCCUACCACUGUAACGUCAUUAGAGACGACAACGCAAUAUAACCCUACAACUGUGGAGCAAACUACAGAUCUUACAACUUCUCCUGAAUCCUUAGAAACAACUACAGUUUCAAUUAUACAGUGUCCACCUGGAUCAUUUGGGAUCUUCCCCCAUCCAGAAUAUUGCAAUGCAUUUUAUGUCUGCCUUGUUGGUGUACCAACAUUACACUGGUGUGAGGAGGACAAGGAAUUUGACCCAAGUGUGAAAACAUGUGUUGUCAUAUCAGAAAAUGGCUGUUUUGCCUCACAAGGUAAAUGGACUCCAACUACACCUGGAGAUACAACAACAUUAUUCAGUCCAACUACUGAGGUAGAAUCGACUGAAACAUCAGUAGAUACAACGACGAGAUACUCCUCUACAACUGAAAAACAAACAACAGGAACGUAUGAAGCGACAACAACUGAGUAUGUUUCGUCAACAGCGAAACAAACAACAGAAUCGUCAACAACGACAGAAUCGGUUCCAACUACUACGAAACAAACAACUGAAACUUCAUUAGAAACGACUACUGAGUCUGCUUCGACAACCUCAGGACAAACAACUGAAACAUCGUCGCAGACAACUGAGUAUAUUUCAACAACAGAGAGUGUGACAACAAUAUCACCUACAACAACCACAGUGACAACUGGUAAACCCGAUACAACAACUCAACAUAAUAUUUGUCCUCCGGACUAUUAUGGUAAUAUACCGGAUCCCCAUUAUUGUGACAGAUACUAUCUAUGUAUGUUUGGAAUCGUGAACCCUCUGCGUUGCCCGUCAGGACAAGAAUUUGACCCUGAUACUGGGGUUUGUGUUGAUAUAUCAGAAAACGGUUGUUUUGCCUCACAAGGUAAGUGGACUCCAACAACACCUGGUGAGGUUACAACAACAUUCAUUCCAACCGCUGAAACGAAAACAACGGAGACAUCAAUUGAGACUACCACAAUUCCAACAACUGUCGAACAAACGAGUAUACCAUCAGUGGAGACAACCACGGAGUCUGUUUCGACGACUAUGACUCAAACCACGGAAACAUCACUAGAAACAACAACAGAAUAUGUUUCAACUACUGUGCAACAAACAACUGACACUUCUGUUGAUACAACUACAGAAUUUGUUUCAACUACUGCACAACAAACAACUGAAACUUCAGAAGAUACAACGACAGAAUAUGUCUCAACUACUGCGGAACUGACUACUGAAACUUUAGAAGAUACGACGGACUAUGUCUCAACUACUGAGCAACAAACAACUGAGACUUCAGAAGAUACAACUACAGAAUUCAUUUCAACUACUGCACAACAAACAACUGAAACUUCAGAAGAUGCAACGACAGAAUAUGUUUCCACUACUGCGCAACAGACAACCGAAACUUACGAAGAUACAACAACAGAAUAUAUUCCAACAACUACGCAACAGACAACUGAAACUUUGGAAGAUACAACGACAGAAUAUGUUUCCACUACUGCGCAACAAACUACUGAAACUUCAGUAGAAACGACGACUGAGUCUGUUUCAACAACCUUAAGACAAACAACUGAAACAUCAUCGCAGACAACAGAAUAUAUUUCAACAACAGAGAGUGUAACAACAAUAUCACCUACAGUUACAACAACCACAGUGUCAACUAUUAAACCUGAUACAACAACUCAACAUAAUAUUUGUCCGCCGGAUUAUUACGGUAAUAUACCGGAUCCCCAUCAUUGUGACAGAUACUAUCUAUGUAUGUUUGGAAUAGUGAACCCUUUGCGUUGCCCACCAGGACAAGAAUUCGACCCUGAAUCUGCGGUUUGUGUUGAUAUAUCAGAAAACGGUUGUUUUGCGUCACAAGGUAAAUGGACUUCAACGACACCCGGUGAGGUAACAACAACAUAUAUUCCAACCACUGAGACGAAAACAACGGAGACAUCAAUUGAAACGACCACAAUUCCUACAACUGUCGAACAAACGAGUAUACCAUCAGUGGAGACAACCACGGAGUCCGUUUCGACGACUAUGACUCAAUCCACGGAAACAUCACUAGACACGACAACAAAAUAUGUUUCAACUACUGUGCAACAAACAACUGAGACUUCAGAAGAUGCAACAACAGAAUUUGUUUCAACUACUGCACAACAAACAACUGAAACUUCAGAAGAUGCAACGACAGAAUAUGUUUCCACUACUGAGCAACAGAGAACUGAAACUGACGAAGAUACAACAACAGAAUAUAUUCCAACUACUGCGCAACAGACAACUGAAACUUCGGAAGAUACAACAACAGAAUAUGUUUCCACUACUGCGCAACAGACUACUGAAACAUCUGUAGAAACGACUGAAUCUGUUUCAACAACCUUAGGACAAACAACUGAAACAUCAUCGCAGACAACAGAAUAUAUUUCAACAACAGAGAGUGUAACAACAAUUUCACCUACAGUUACAACAACCACAGUGUCGACUGGUAAACCUGAUACAACAACUCAACAUAAUAUUUGUCCACCAGAUUAUUACGGCAAUAUACCGGAUCCCCAUCAUUGUGACAGAUACUAUCUGUGUAUGUUUGGAAUCGUUAACCCUUUGCGUUGCCCAUCAGGACAAGAAUUUGACCCUGACUCUGGGGUUUGUGUGGAUAUAUCAGAAACUGGCUGUUUUGCCUCACAAGGUAAAUGGAAUUCAACAACACCCGUUGAGGUAACAACAACAUAUAUUCCAACUACUGAAACGAAAACAACGGAGACAUCAAUUGAGACGACCACAAUACCUACAACUGUCGAACAAACGAGUAUACCAUCAGUGGAUUCGACGACUGUGACUCAAACCACGGAAACAUCACUAGACACAACAACAGAAUAUGUUUCAACUACUGUGCAACAAACAACUGAGACUUCAGAAGAUACAACUACAGAAUAUGUUUCAACUACUGAGCAACAAACAACUGAAACUUCAGAAGAUACAACAACAGAAUAUGUUUCAACUACUGCGGAACAAACAACUGAAACUUCAGAAGAUACAACGACAGAGUAUGUUUCAACUACUGCUCAACAAACAACUGAAUCUGCAGAAUACACAACUACAGAAUUUGUUUCAACUACUGCGCAACAAACAACUGAAACUUCUGUAGAAACGACGACUGAGUCUGUCUCGACAACCUUAGGACAAACAGUUGAAACAUCAUCGCGGACAACAGAGUAUAUUUCAACGAGAGAGAGUGUGACAACAAUAUUACCUACAGUUACACCAACCACAGUGGCGACUGGUAAACCUGAUGCAACAACUCAACAUAAUAUUUGUCCGCCAGAUUAUUACGGUAAUAUAGCGGAUCCUCAUUAUUGUGACAGAUACUAUUUGUGUAUGUUUGGAGUAGUUAACCCUCUGCGUUGCCCAUCAGGACAAGAAUUCGACCCUGACUCUGCGGUUUGUGUUGAUAUAUCAGAAACCGGCUGUUUUGCCUCACAAGGUAAAUGGAAUUCAACAACACCCGUUGAGAUAACAACAACAUAUAUUCCAACCACUGAAACGAAAACAACGGAGACAUCAAUUGAGACGACCACAAUUCCGACAACUGUCGAACAAACGAGUAUACCAUCAGAGGAGACAACCAUGGAGUUCGUUUCGACGACUAUGACUCAAACCACGGAAACAUCACUUGAUACGACAACAGAAUAUGUUUCAACUACUGUGCAACAAACAACUGAGACUUCAGAAGACACAACGACAGAAUAUGUCCCAACUACCGAGCAAAAAACAACUGAAACUUCAGAAGAUACAACAACAGAAUAUGUUUCAACUACUGCGGAACAAACAACUGAAACUUCAGAAAAUACAACGACAGAGUAUGUUUCAACUACUGCUCAACAAACAACUGAAUCUGCAGAAUACACAACUACAGAAUUUGUUUCAACUACUGCGCAACAAACAACUGAAACUUCUGUAGAAACGACGACUGAGUCUGUCUCGACAACCUUAGGACAAACAGUUGAAACAUCAUCGCAGACAACAGAGUAUAGUUCAACGAGAGAGAGUGUGACAACAAUAUUACCUACAGUUACACCAACCACAGUGGCGACUGGUAAACCUGAUGCAACAACUCAACAUAAUAUUUGUCCGCCAGAUUAUUACGGUAAUAUAGCGGAUCCUCAUUAUUGUGACAGAUACUAUUUGUGUAUGUUUGGAGUAGUUAACCCUCUGCGUUGCCCAUCAGGACAAGAAUUCGACCCUGACUCUGCGGUUUGUGUUUAUAUAUCAGAAACCGGCUGUUUUGCCUCACAAGGUAAAUGGACUCCAACUACACCCGGUAAGGUAAAAACAACAUCUAUUCCAACCACUGAAACUGAAAUAGCGGAGACAUCAAUUGAGACGACCACAACUCCUACAACUGUCGAAAAAUCAACUAAUCCACCUGAAGAACAAACAACAGAAACUUUAGAAAAUACAACUACAGAAUUCGUUUCAACCACUGCGGAACAAACAACUGAAACUUCAGAAGGUACGACGACAGAAUAUGUUUCCACUACUGCGCAACAAACAACUGAAACUUCAGUAGAAACGACGACUGAGUCUGUUUCGACAACUUUAGGACAAACAACAGAAACAUCAUCCCAGACAACAGAGAAUAUUUCAACAACAGAGAGUGUGACAACAAUAUUACCUACAGUUACAACAACCACAGUGGCGACUGGUAAACCUGAUACAACAACUCAACAUAAUAUUUGUCCGCCAGAUUAUUACGGUAAUAUAGCGGAUCCUCAUUAUUGUGACAGAUACUAUUUGUGUAUGUUUGGAGUAGUUAACCCUCUGCGUUGCCCAUCAGGACAAGAAUUCGACCCUGACUCUGCGACUUGUGUUUAUAUAUCAGAAAACGGCUGUUUCGCAUCUCAAGGGAAAUCAACUACAGUAAAAGAAACAACACCAACAGGCGUGGUCACAACAGAUGAAAGUACACCAGAGAACGUAAUCUCAACGACAAUAUCUGAACCAACACCAUCGCCCCCUGUUUGCUCUUCUCUUGAGACUGAAUUUUUCCCUCAUCCAAAGCAUUGUGAUCAAUACUACAUGUGUAUAGUCGGUCAACCUCAUCUUUUGAAUUGCCCCAAAGGUUUCGAAUUUAGCCCAGAAUCUAGGGGAUGCGUUGUAAUAUCUGAAAAUGGUUGUUUUGCAUCACAAGGUAUAUGGACACCGACAGAACCGAACGAUAUAACAACUGAUGUUUCUGGAACAACGGAUAAUUCUGAAACGUCUGUCCUUACCGAUCCUACAAGCACAAAUGUUGAUCUUACAACGGAAGGUAAAACUACUGAAACGUCAACUAUUUUGAAUCCAUCAACAACUGACAGUCAAGUAACAACAGAAUCAAUAGAAACAACCACAGCAAAUAUUUGCCCUCCUAAUUUCUCGGGAAUGAUUCCACAUCCUGUUCACUGCGAAAAAUUCUACCACUGCGUGAAUGGCAUUCAAAUUCCGCUAUUCUGUUCUGAUGGAGAAGAGUUCGAUCCCGAUUCACUUCAAUGCGUUCCAAAAUCAGAAAGUGGGUGUAAAAGAUCAUGGACACCUACUGAAUUGCAUCCAGUAACAACCGACAAUGCUUCUUCAGAAAACGUAAAACCAGUAACGGAGGAUGAAAAACUUAAAGACGAAAAUAAUACUAACUCUACAGUGGAUGUAACAACGCCGAGACUAUGUCCAAUAGAACAUUUCGGAAACAUACCUGAUCCGAAACGAUGUGAUUGGUUCUAUAUGUGCACAGCCGGAACUGCUAUACCGUUGUAUUGCGGAGAAGGAUACGAAUUCGAUCCGAAGAGCGAAGUGAGUAAAUGCGUUGAAAUAUCUGAAAACGGAUGUUUUGCAAACUCAAAUAACAACCAAUCGGUUACAAAAACGACGAAAAGGAACGUGAACUUGUCAUCAACAGAGACCAUGAGAACAACAACUCCAGCAAUUUGCGCACCGGAAGAUUUCGGUAACGUGCCGGACCCUGAUAGAUGCGACAGGUUCUAUUUGUGUACCGGUGGUACAGCUAUACCAUUAUAUUGCAUUGAAGGAUACGAAUUUAAUCCCGAAACUAAGGAUUGUCGCCCUAUAUCAGACAACGGUUGCACGGCUACAAGACAAUAA